CUAGAGCGACUUCAAAUGGGAAAAGGAAACCAUCACCAUGACUACCAACACAGCCACCUGGAUUUGACUGCCCUCACACCUAAACUGGCCCACAGACAAAUGCGACACGAGAGACCACAGCGGAUGAACAACAUCCUGACCUCGGCCACCGAGCCCUACGACCUGUCCCUGUCCAGAUCCUUCCAGAACCUCAGCCAUCUGCCGCCCUCCUACGAGCUGGCCCUCAAGUCUGACUUAAGUAAAUACUCCUCCUCUCUCCACAGAUUAAGUGAUAAGGAUGUAGAUGAGUACUACACGAGGAAGCAUCAUCAUCCUGACUUUGGCGGCCGGGGACCAACCCACAUGGUGAAGCUAAACUCAGAACCCCAGCAGCACCAGCAGCACCAACAGCACCAACAGCACCAACAGCACCAACAGCACCAACAGCGGCAGCGUCCCCGCCGAGUCCAGAGGGCCAUGUCCCAGGAUCACGUCCUGUCCCCUCCCAGGACGCCACGUCGUGGGGACUAUGGCUUAUCGUCCUACGGCGUCAUGGCAGCUGCAUCAUACAGCAGCAGCCGGCACCUCUCAGAGGAGCAGCUGCUGUCAGCAGACCGCCUCCAAUCCCAGGAUCCUUUGCUGUCCCCCGCUAUGAGGCGCGACAAGUUCCGGGAGAAGGCGAUGGCGCGGGCGAUGUCUCACGCCGACAUGCUGAUGCCCGUCACGCCCACCAUGGACCGCCACAAGAUGACCAAGAUGCACUCUCAACCCACUGCCUCUACCGACUACAACACGCUGACGGUCAACCACCAAGCGCCGACAUCUAAAAGGCAGGCGUUUGCCUCCCGACGAACACACACCGUGGACCAACUACAGUACAUUCCCGGCCACCACCACACAUACCGCACUGCCAGCAAGAACGAAGUAACUGUUUAACCACAGAUUGGAAGGAUUCCUGAGACACAGACGUCGACAGAAAUCUUCAAAAUCAGCAAAUCUCUUGUGCAGAGGUCUUCUUAUUAUAACAACCUCCUACAUUAAAAAAAACUCUUCCAGCUUUUUAGCACAAGCUUCCUGUGUCAUCAAGAAUCAACCCCAGCAAAGACAUCUCUCUCUUAGAGCAUCAUAAGGGCUUUGCGUGUUGACACAAAGAGGGAUCCUUCAUGUCAGACGUUUGACGGCCUGAAGAAAAUAUUUUUUAAACUGGACAUGGGACUGGAUAGGAAUUGUAUCAACUUUAUAAAUAUAUAAAUAUACUAUAUUUACUAUUUGUAUUUUCAGUCCUUAUUAUAGCUUUAGAGAUUCUCAGUGACUGAUGUAAGCACUUCAAGUGGUGCCUCUUGAACUCGUCCCCUUUCAGUGAAGAAGUGGAUUUAUGGGUUAAAAAGCACAAUUACUGAAUUCCCUUUUUUGUUUGAUUUAAUUGACUCUUCUUCUUUGGUAAACGGCCAGGACAUAUCAGCUUAAUAGUUAAAACAGAGGCUAUUUCUGUUGCAUACAAUAGAUGAUUGUAAAUAGGCUAUAUUAGCAGCAUUAGAACAAGAAAAGCUGGCCCUUUGACUAUAUUGUUUGGUUUGGUUUUCUCCCACCUGGAAUAUUUCUUAGAUUCCCAAUUAAUACUUUUAGUUUUAGAUAAGUCAAAGAUCCCAAAUGAAUAAUAUUUCCACAGAUGUCUGCAAAAUAUGUGGAUUUAAUAUGUAUAUGGGAAGUAUUUUUUUCUUUCUACUGUGCUUGUAGCAUAGAAUGAAUGCGUAUGAAAUAAUCUUUUACCACCGUCGGCUGGCAGCUUAAGUCUGCAGGUGGAAAUGAAGCUUGAUGGUUGUUUGACCUAGCUUAAUUUCUGUUCACACAUCUUUUGUCAUCCACGAAGAUGACGCUUCACCGCCCUUUCUGCUCGGUUUGUGAUUGGCCAGCUGCUUUCAUCUCUACAUAUCAGGUACUCGUUGUGUCGGAGCGCAUGGAUCGAGCCGUAGUUUUGCAUCGAUGUGUUGACGGAAACAAUCAGUAAUAAUGAGGACAUCAUAAUCAAGCAUUACUUAAAACUGUGACCUGUUUGUCCAGAUGUUUUCAUUAAAGCAAUGCCUUAUUGUA